ACCUGUUCCUCUUCCUCUUUAUCAGGAUUUUUAUUGGAAUGGUAAACAUCCUGACGUCUGCUGGCUCCACACGCCAGGAAGGUGCUGCAUUCUCUCACGUUGUCACGGAGGAAGCAGGAAGAGAGAAGAGGGGGUUGCCGUGGUAGCACUGCCCAGACGAGGAAGACCCUGCGUGGGACGACUCGGAGGCGGAUUCCCCCUCCAACAUCUGGAGGAGGACGCGCACACAGAAACAUCUGGAAAGGAGUGAACAUAAAUUAUAUUUUUGGAGAAAUGACAACGCAGCAGAGGAGUGAUUAAGAAAGACAAAGACGAGAAGAAAGGCUGAUGGUUGCUGGAUUUAAUUUCUUUGGACACCUUAUUUGGAGUGUUGGACAGGACGGAAGAUUGUUUGUUUCCCGCGCUGAAACAUUAUCCUGAUUCCAUCUCCCAUUUUCCUUGGACAAACUCCUUCCUUCUCGGGCAUGAAGCAGGUGUUGAAGUCAGAUAAGAGAUGACUAACUGAGACACAGCAGCAGCUCUUUCAACAUGGCGGAGGAGGGAAGGAAGUAUACGGAAGACUAAAAAAAAAAAGAGCUCCAAAUCAUCUUGACAACUUGACCAGGAAGAGAAGAGUCUGGUCUGGUCAGAAUUCUGAAAGCUUCAAAGCAGAAAAAACACAUUUAAACGGAUAUAUUUAGUGUACAACUAACAUUUCAACUAGAGCUGCAGCAAUUAAUUGAUGAUUAAUCAAUUGUCUGAUUAAUCAACAACAAAGGAGUUGUUGGAUUCAUACGUUUUUUAAUUAAAAAAUGUAAAUAGCCUCUGAUUUCAGCCUUUCAAAUAUUUUUUAAUUUCCUUAGUCAUCCAUGAAAGCAGACCUACUAUCUUUGUGUGUUGGACAAAAUAAGACAUUUACACACAUCAGCUUCGAAUUUGGAAAACAUUUUUGUCUCUUUUCUGACACGGACCAAAUCACUGGUUGAGUUUGGUUCACACUGAUUUUGUCCAUCUACGGCUUAUCUGAUUACUCGAUUAAUCGAAAAAGAAAAGUUGCAGCCUUAAUUGGAACAGAAUGGAAUUAAGCAACACCUCUGCCGCAUUCCUCAAGCACAACUUUUAAGAAAAAACAGCACAAAUUUCAACUCCUUGUUGCUGGAAAGAUCCUAAUUAGCCACUUAAGGAGCAUGCGUUGGUCAAACGAAAUGCUCUGGCAUUAUAGUUGGAAAGCAAACUAAAAUAUGUCAUAAAAGCGAAAUAAAAAGAUACUUUAGCUAUAGACACAUUGGCUUGUUCUCUUUAAGGACUUUAUCCAGUGAAUUCAAAUGAAAUUAAAGCAAAAAAAUGCAAUUUGAUACGCUCGUGCCUGGCCUUUAAGACAUUUUCAAGAAAAUAAGCACAUUUUUGUGUUCUGUCAGAAAAGCCAACAAUUUAAUCUUCUGCUUGUGUCAGAAAGAUCAUUGAAGAUUAGAAUGUUUGGACAGGCUUUGUUGCUAACUGUCAAAAUUCAACCAGCAAGUGACUUUCUCCACUUUUAUUUUGGAUACAAAAUGCAACUUUUUGGAGGACAUCUUCUUUGAGGACGCUUUUUAAAAAAGGUUUCCCCCUCGGACUGCCUGGAAACUACCAGAGGGUGUCCUAGGUCAGGAUUGUGCUGAAGGAGUCUGAUGUGGAGGUGAAAGGUUGCAAAGAGGAGGCAAGGCGUCAUCAUGGGCUGCAACAUGUGUGUGGUCAAACGUCCAGAGGAGCACUACAAGGUCAUGUACCAGCAAAAGGGGUGGAGUAACUCCCUGAGGCCUAUGGAGCGACAUGGAACGGUGAAGGUUAAAGGAAGGAUGCGUUCUCACCUUCCGUUGGACAGACCACUAAACUCCCAGCAGCCUUUGCAACAGCCUGGGACGAUCCACAAGAGCCACAGAAGAAAAGGUGGCAUCACGUGCGUAAGAAAUGGGACAAGCAGCACCUCCAUCUCCUCCGUUGCCAUGGUAGCGAUUCCCAACUGCGUAGACAACGCCACCCAGACAGACAUCUCCUUCCAGCAUGGUGGGACCUCAGGGAGGGGCAAAGGUCACCAUCACCUGGGCCAGGGGGACUUCUCCCCACAGCCGCCACCGACUCCCCCCCUCCUUCCGCUGAUGGAGCACUACGGGAUGAGCGCCUUCUGCAUGUUUGACUACAACGACCCCAACGACUACUUGGACAUUACGCACCACGAAGUGGACAGGGCUGACGACCUGGAGUACGAGGAGGUGGAGCUCUACAAAUCCACUCAGGAGGAAAAGCUAGGCCUGACUGUCUGCUACAGGACGGAUGACGAGGACCACCUGGGCAUUUAUGUUGGCGAGGUAAACGCUCUGAACGUUCUGUGGUUCUCUUUGUUGACUUCUUUUGGUCAUGUGACGCAGGUGAACCCAAACAGCAUCGCAGCCAAGAAUGGACGCAUCAGGGAGGGAGACCGAAUACUUCAGAUCAACGGAGUGGACAUUCAGAACCGAGAAGAGGCGGUAGCCAUCUUGACCCGAGAGGACAGCAUCAACUUCUCUUUGCUGCUGGCUCGGCCCGACAUGGAGGAUGAUGCAACAGAGGGCAUGAGGAUGGGUCUAGAUGAAGAUGCAGGUUCCAAGCUGCUUAAUGAUCAAGCCUCUUCCUCCAGCCACCUCUCUGGUUAUUGGCCCCUCAGUCAGUACUCAGGAGGAAGCGGAGGACAAUUGGAUGGUGAUGAAGAUGAGGAAGGUGACGAGGAGGAAGGAAAGAAGGCGGAGACAAAUGACGGCGAUUGUCCAGUGCCCCUUCUACCCCUGCUCAACCUGCCGCCCCUGCUGUCUACCAGUCAAGACCUGGACAGCGGACUGGGCCGCACCGAUGACAGUACCCGCUACGAGGAGUCCUCCGAGCACGACCUGCUGGGGGAUCAAACCAGCGCCUGUAACACCAACACCACUAACACCCCCGGCAGCACCCGCAAGUUCCGUCCCGGACCCAGUCCAAGGCUCAGUCCACGACCCAGUCCCGGCUUCUGCCCAAGCACCCAGCUGACCCCCAGCCCCGGGCAUAGCCGAGGAGACCCCACGCAGCCUUUCCUGCACCUCUGUAGCUUCCAGCUCAGCUCUGACUCUCUCACUGGGCCGGACUGGACAGAGACGGGGGCAACGCAAAACCACGUCCACCACAAGCUCCAGCAGCACAAGAGUCCCCUGAGCAUGAUGGUGAUGAUGCCAGGCCUGACAGAGGAUGAGUGCCAGCGCUACCUGGAGCUGCUGGAAAUCAGGUACCAGUACGACAGACGGCCCAGGAAGCAACCUCAAGAUGUCCAUGCCAAAGAGAUGGGUCUUCAGGAGAGAAAAGACGAAGAAGAGCGGGAAAGAGGAGAAGAGGUGGACAUGAACUGCAACGUGACCGUGAGCCAGCACGAGAUGGCGCUCAUCGAGGAGGAGCUGCGUCACCUGGAGUUCAAAUGUCGCAACAUCCUCCGCGCUCAGAAGAUGCAGCAGCUUAGGGAGCAAUGCCUGAAAGCAUGGAUGAUGGAGGAGGAGACAGUGGAAGCAGGUAUGCUUGACGGGGAUGAGGGCCGUGAGUUGUCAGCCAUUAACGAGCUUCCGGAGCGUUCCAAUGACAGCACCAGCGCCUACAACAGUGGCGGGGAGAGCUGCCGCAGCACACCAAUGGCCAGCAGCGAACGGAUACCGCCUCUCCAGGAAGAAGACGACGAUGCAGGGAGACCGCCCAUGUCCCCACCUACGCUCCUCCCCCUCGGUUACCUCCCACCUCUGAACUCGCCUCUCACCAGCCGCCGUCGGGACUGUGAGAGGCGCCACUCCAACCUUGGGUGCUCUCUCUCGCCCAGGGCUGGAUGGAAUUACGACCAGGGCAACAGCUUCCACUCCAUGCCAUCCACGCCCUCCAAGUUCAGAUCUCUGUCCAGAGAGGCUGGGUCAUCACCUAGAAGGGUUGUAGCUGAUGAAGGGCGGUGCUCCAAAACUGGUACCAACCCUACCAGGCCUGGAGGAGGCAGUGCAAAGUCCAGCCCCCUCCUGUCCCAGCGUCACCAAAGCCGGGUAAAGCCCUUGGAACGCUACCAGAGCUGCAUCGCGCUGCCCUCCGAUGGCCUGGUAGACCAGCUGGAUCAGCUGGUUCGAGAGAGGAGGAGGGUAGAGGGUGCGGAGAGAGGGGCGGGCACAGGCAGCAGCGGGCCCGCAAGCCCCCGUAGUGCCCCCUACAGUCUGGAGGACCAGCACGCAGCCCCACGGUUGGGACUAGCAUUACCACUUGGGCUGUUGCACUCGUCACCAACCGCCACGUCACAGCGCAUGGAAUGGAAGGUGAAGAUCCGCAGCGAUGGCACUCGUUACGUGGCCAAGCGGCCUGUGAGAGACCGGCUGCUCAAGGCCAGAGCCAUGAAGAUCAGAGAGGAACGUAGUGGCAUGACGACUGAUGACGACGCUGCCAGUGAGAUGAAACAGGGGCGAUACUGGAGCAAAGAAGAGAGGAAGCAGCAGCUGUUGAGAGCCAGAGAGUACAGACGAAGGAGAGAGUUCAUGAUGCAGAGCCGCCUGGACUACUUGAAGGGGGACAGGGAUGCUUCAUCAUCAGCAGGUGAUGCUGAAGAGCCUCCUUCCUCUCAGAUCCUCCUUUGCCAGAAAAAGAGCACCAAGGAAAGGAAUCGACGUAUUCUGGACAACUGGAUCACUAUUCAGGAGCUGCUGGCUCAUGGUUUGCAGUCUCCAGAUGGAAAGAAAAUAUUUAACCCCCUCCUUUCCGUGACCACUGUGUGACCAGGAUGGUUGAUAAAUGGAGUGCAUUACUUGCCUGCAACCAGCAGAGGCACUAUUGGUUUAGUCUCAACUAGUUUGAUGUCUAAAGAAGAGCAACAUGACGUCCGUUUGGGGAAGCUAAGCUACAUCCACUGUGACGUCUACUAUGGCAACUUUAUUCUGAUCAAUAUACUAUGUAAGAAUAAUAUACAUAUAAAUUACUUUAAGAAAAUAACAUAGCAAAUUUACAAAUUUCCACCAGCCUAGAAAAGUCUUUAACACAGGUAACCUCAUGUCUGAAACGAUGUUUCAAUGCAGAACAUUUUCGAAACAAUUUCCCCAUUCCUUUUACACAGAACAGUAAUUAGGAAAAAACUUUUCCGGUAUGCCAGAGCCAAGCGUUGCUUGUGUGAACAUGACCUUAAACACUUGAGGCAGGACUUCUCUCCAGGCCUACAACUUGCAAUCCGCCCGAAUCCGACUGACAGCCUUAAGGUGCCGACUCUCAUCCUGGCUGCUUCGCCGCAGAAGACGUUGAAAGUCAAGUCUUCAGAACCAAGACCACCAAACUAGACUACCAAACGAUAUGCCUUCCCUGCACUUCCAGAUUCCAUAAAAAUAAUAAAAAGUGCAGUCUUUAUCCAACGUCCACCGUGAAGCCAUUGUCAGGAAAAUAAGCCCAAAACCCCGUACUCCCGGAACACACCCCGUAGUCAAAGUCUAUGGGGUGUAAAGCACGUGAGGACUGACCUGCACCCUCUAGUAGAGACCCUUUCCAAAAAAUUGUGAAUAUCAUGGGAAAGUUAAUUUAUUUCUAUAAUUCCAUUCAAAAUGUAAGAUUUCCUCGAUUAUAGAUUCAGGGCCCAUAAUUUCAACAAUGUUAAGUAUUUAUUUGUUUAUUUUUACAUCCUCAGCAGAAGGAAUCAUGAAGUCCUCUAAAACAUUCUGGUAGACUGUUGCGGACACCUUGGAUUUAAGAAAGCAGAGUUUACCAACACCUGCACCGGACAUUGCACCCCAAAUCAUGACGGACUGUGGAUAUUUCACACUGGACCUCAGGCAGCUUGGGUUCUGUUCCUCACCCGUCUUCCUCCAAACCCUUGGACCUUUAGUCUGAAAUGAAUGGCACACUUUACUUUCAUCGGAAAAGAGGACCUUGGAUCACUUGCUAAUGUCUGGUGCUUUCUUAAAUCCAAGGUCACCUGCAACAGUCUACCAGAAUGUUUUAGAGGACUUCAUGAUUCCUUCUGCUGAGGAUCUGUAUGGAGAUGCAGAUUUCAUCUUCCAGCAGGACCUGGCCCCUGCCCAUAUCGCCAGAAGCACCAAAACCUGGUUUGAUGCCCAUGCCAUCACAGUGCUUGACUGGCCAGCCAACUCACCGGACCUAAACCCCGUUGAGAAUCUAUGGGGUAUUCUCAAGAGGAAAAUGAGGGGCACCAGACAACAACAAAGAAGAGCUGACAGCAAGCAUCAAGGAAAUCUGGGUUUCCAUAACUCCCAGGCAAUGCCACAGGCUGAUUGCUUCAAUGCCACGUGGCAUCGAGGCAGUGAUUAAGGCAAAGGGAUUCCCAACCAAGUAUUGAAGAUUGACAUAUCGUUUUGAAAGUACCAUAUUUUGAUUGAUUUGAUGUGAUCCUAAUUUCUUUCUUUUUUUCCUGCAAAAACUGAGAAGUAAAUGGUGAUUUCUUCACAGUAUUCUAAUUUUUGGAAUUCCUGUUUUUGUGGGUUUUAUGAGCUGGAAGCCCAAAUUAUGUAAAAAUAAACAAAUAAAUGCUUGGUGUUGUUUAAACUGUGGGCCCUGAAUCUAUAAUCUAUGAAAGUUUAACUUUUGAAUGCAAUUGUGGAAAUAAAUACCCUUUUCCAUGAUAUUCAAUUUUUUUGGAAAGGGUCUGUACUGUACACUUGUGAGGGUAUAGAUCUGGUCCAGUGCUCCGCAUUGCACCUCCUGGAUUACAGGUUGGACAGCCAGACAGCCAGACUCACAUGUCUGGUACCGUAAAUUCCGGUGUAUAAAGCCACACCCACAAAAUUUAGAGGAAAAAAACAGAUUUGUUCUAAUAUAAGCUGCACCGGUGUAUAAGCCACAGGUGUGCAUGUCAUAAAAUUGGAUAUUUAGUGCACAGAAAUACGUUACACAGAAUGAUUUUUUAAACUUUUAAUGCAAUAAAUGUUUUUUUUCCAAACAGUGUGUGCCAGACAGUGGUGCAACACUGCUAAUUAAGUACACAGCUAGUUAACAACAGUGCCAAAUAGUGCAUGUAACAUAAGAUAACAAUAGCCAUGUUUCCUUGUCUUGACAGCCAAAUCCAUUGCCUUUAACUUGAAAGCGGCAUCAAUUCCAUUUCUUUGUGUAUGUUCUAUGGUGGAAGCUUGGCACUACCGCGUUGUCACUGCGAAUGCACAUGUCGCGUCUACAUUCCGGUACAGUAGGUGGCGGUAUGCACCUAAACGUUGGUUGCGUCCCGCCAUAAACAAAAAGAAGAAGACCGAGUGCCUAUAUUUUGGCAGUCAGUGUAAGAUGGAUAGAUAGCAACUUUAUUCAUCUGUAAGAGAACAACACUGCAUUUAAUGUUUUGUUUUAUAUGCUUUAUUAUAUCUGUAUUUCUAUUUUUUGAUCUGUAGUAUACAUGAGCGGAUACGACGUGUACACUGUGUAAGUUUUAGAAGGGUCACAUGUGAAAUUGCUGGAUAUUACACAUUAUUUCUGCUGGAGUUAUCCUCUGGACUUUAUAAGAACCACGGUACAGCGGCACCUUUGUGGCCGCCUUUGAGACAUAGUGCGUGGAUCCCCCCAGCAGGUGCAGGUACGUGUCACAACGUGAUCGCUGCACAAAUUCCUACAUGUCCCCUCUAAACGUCAUCUCCCCUAACAGGCUUUGCAUUUAUGCUGUUCACUGAUCCAGGUUCACUGUUCCAAAUCCCGACAAUGUUUUACAUUAGAUUUUAGUGUAAAUUGUGCUCUCUGUAAACUGGAGUGUGUGCAUGCAUAACCGGCUCCACUCAAUGAGAGCAGAGGGUUAGCAAACGCCGAGAAUGGUGGUUUCCCUUCGUUUUUUGGCUGUUUUCUGAACUUUUUUUGUCCUUAUGAUGGACCAUCUUAGUAUUAGCGUUUUCUGAAAUGCAUAUUUAAACGAGUAGUAGUAGUUCUUAGGUAUAGGAGAUGUCGAGAUUAGAAAACGACCACACCAAGCAUGAUGGGAAAUGUAGGUUUUAGCUGUAAAAUAGCCGCACAGCCGUUAUAAGCCGCAGGGUUCAACGUUUGACAAAAAAAGUAGCGGCUUAUACACCGGAAUUUACGGCACUUGCGAAUCGAUUUUCCCAGCAAGGGUAUUAUACCACAGUCCAGUCAUACUUGCAGGGGAUAAAUUAGAGGUCAGGUGAAAGAUGGACUGGGCGGCACACGAGGGUAGGAAGCUCAGCAGUAGCCACGUGCCUCACAUAAAGCUCAAUAUUGACGUGCACAGUGCUGAACAGGCAGCUUCUGUUGAAUGUUCAUUGUUGUAGACGUUGAAGUCUCCUUGAAGAGGUCGAGGACAAAUCAAGUCAAAUUCCAGUUCAAAAUGUUCUUGUGCAUGCUCAUUGAAAAUGUUUAUUCUGACUUAUGGAUACAUGGAUUAGUCAAUGAUUAAAUAUCACGCUUGAAGGGUAGAUGACAAAAUAGUGUGUCAUGAUUUUCAUUGAUCUGACAAUGACACUUUUAUGACACAUAAGAAUGUUUAAAAUGUGACUUAAAACAUUGCCUGUACUCUUACAUUUUUUUUGCUAUAUAAACUUUUAUUUGUAUUAUUUUUCCAUUGACCUUUAAUUUUAUAAGACUAUAAAAAAUAAAUAUUUGUAUUGUUCAAUGGAGAGCAGACCCAUUAAGAUCAUUACUAUCAUUUGUUAUCUGUUGUCUUGCUUAUGUAUUAAAGUAAAUUGGCCUUUUUAGAAGCUGACCAAUAUGUGAAUGUAUAACCCGCCCUGUUUCGCACUGGGGCUUGAACACAGGACCUUCGCAAUGGGAGGCGAGAGCACUGACCGCAUGGCCAAAAGCCUGGACUGUCGGCCGCGUGUUCAGCGCAGCUCUUAAGGCAGGGGGAGUGAGGUUUACCAACGUACACUUGCACAGCCUCACAGGCUGGCAUCCGUUCCAAAUGUAUGGGUUUGAUAAGAGGAAACCUUGUCAAGAGUUCUUUAAAGUGACAGGAGGUUCACACGUGGGGGAAGUGAGUCCACGUCGAUAUUUUAGCGGCAUUCAUCUGGCCCUGAUUAGCAUAAAUAAACACCCUAUGUUGCGCAUAUAAGGACAUGAGACGGAAAGUUUCCACACAUUAUCCUCUACUGGAAGCUACUUUUGUCAGGAGUCACGUUAUCACUUCAAUCAAGUUCCAUUAGCAGCCACACCCUGAUGUGGUAUGCUUUGGAUCAUACUCUUCUCUUCCCAUCCUUCUGAUACAGACUGACCUUGGUUUCUCCUGUGAAAAAAUGUCAUUCCACUUACCGAGUUAUUGCAAAAAAACAAGUCAGGCCUCUUUGAAAGGAACCAGAUGAAAUAUUCCUCAUUGAUGUCAAGCCAAUAGAUGAGUGAAGGCAGCAAAAGCCACAAGCAAGCUGCAAGUGAGGGCCUGGCUGGCAAAGCAUCUCCAGGAGUAAGUCACAAUUUGGUGAUGUCCAUGGACUCUAGACUUCAGGGACCAGUUGGUCGCAAAGGAUCUUCUACCAAGUAUUAAAACAAUGCUUGUAUUUACAAUCGAUUGACAUGAUUUAUUGAUUGAUUCAGUUUCUACGAUUCAAUAGGUCCGAAAAGGUUAGGAAGAAGCAAAGCUUGCCAAUAAUGUGAAAUGGACAUAUUCUACAUUCUACAUUCCAGAGCUGGGAUUAAGUCGGUUUGCGUCAUAGGAAAUGUUUUUAAAACGAAUAUGGAGGUAUUGAUGUGAGGGUUUCAUUUCUAGGAGCGUUUGCGCACCUUUUGACGCACUCGAGCGACUUUUAAAAAAUGGCCACGGUGCUCCCGGGCUCCAUGUAUGGGAGCGCUGAUUUUAAAGCUAAUGUACACGGUGCAGGACUCGUGCUUACGCAGCUUGGAAACGACGAGGCAAGACCGUCCCUUGCCAUGGCAUGUAACAGGCGUCACAUGUAACUUUUUUGUGUAAUGGAUUCGGGGAAACGUGGCGGUUAUUCUACUACGUACUGGAAAGACCUGUUGAUGUUGUAACACUGAUGUACUGAAUUCUGGUGUUCGUGAAUGCACCUCACUGUGAAUGUUAUUGGUGCGUAAGGAGAAACUGUUGCUGUGAGUGAGGAAGAAACGUGU